AUGUUUGGAACGGGUUUGGAAGAUGUUGGAGUACCUGGCCAAAACUAUUUACGAGAAGCGCUAACCAGUUGUACAGAUCCUUUAAAAGCAAUUGAAGAAUUUCAAUUGGAAAAUGGAAUUUUACUUCCUUCAUUGAGACCGAUGCUUCCAUUGUUAGAUUUACAUGGAGUUCGUAGAUUGGACUUUCAUACAUCUAUUCUUGAAGAACUUCGAGAUCGACUGGUUGAACACAUAAAUGAGAUAGGAAAAAAAGAAGGGAAGGAGAGGGACAAAAAACUUAAAGAAUUGUUGACCAAAAGUUUCCCUCUUGUUCGUGUGAAAGCUUUGAGACCUGUGGUUAUGUGUAUUUUGCGAAACACUCAGCUUAUUGAUGACAAGUAUUUAAAAAUUUUAGUGAGAGAUAGAGAAUUGUACAAUGAUACAGAUACAGAAGUUAAAAGACAAAUUUGGAAAGACAACCAGUCAUUGUUUGGUGAUGAAGUAUCACCAUUACUGAGUCAGUAUAUUAGAGAGAAAGAAAACAUCUUAUUUGAUCAUCUAAAUAUGCACAAUUUGUUUUUUUCACCAUCUCCUAAGGUGCGAAGACAAGGAGAAGUUGUUCAGAAACUGGCUCAUAUGAUAGGAACAAGUGUAAAAUUGUAUGAUAUGGUGCUGCAGUUUCUCAGAACACUCUUCUUACGAACUCGAAAUAUUCAUUAUUGUACUUUGCGUGCAGAACUCUUGAUGGCUCUUCAUGAUUUAGAAGUACAAGAAAUUAUAUCAGUUGAUCCGUGUCAUAAAUUUACGUGGUGUUUAGAUGCUUGCAUCCGAGAGAAGAAUGUUGAUAUUAAACGUUCUAGGGAAUUACAAGGAUUUUUGGAUAGUAUUAAAAGAGGUCAAGAACAGGUUCUUGGAGAUCUUUCAAUGACCUUAUGUGAUCCAUAUGCUAUCAAUUUUUUGGCAACAUCAGCCACUAAAAUACUACAACACUUAAUAAAUAAUGAUGGUUUGCCAAGAGAUAAUACAAUACUUAUUCUGUUACUCAGAAUGUUAGCCCUGGGUCUCAGUGCAUGGGUCAUGAUUGACUCUCAAGAAUUCAAAGAACCAAAACUGGAUAGUCAAAUAGUGACAAAAUUUCUUCCAGCAUUAAUGUCUCUAAUGGUCGAUGAUCAUGUACGAGCACUAAAUAGUAAACUUCCUCCAGAUGAACGUGAAUCUGCAAUUACAAUUAUUGAACAUUCUGGUCCACCACCGGAUGCAUGUCAAGCUUAUGUGCAAGAAAGUAGUGUAGCUAGCAUCUUAGCUAUGUAUUAUACAUUGCAUACAGCUAAAUACAAGGACAGAGUUGGUCUGAUGAGAGUAUUAGGUACAUUAGCAAAUUGUAAAAAUGAUAGAGCAUUUGAAGAUCCAUUUCUUCAUUCACUUGUUUCUCUUCUUAUUUAUCUUGCUGACGAAUUUGCUGCUGAAGAUUUUUGUACUGUUAUAUUUGAUGAAUUUUUUUUUGCUGGAGUGUCUCGAGACAAUGUUCCUAAGCAUUUAUUGAAACUAUUGUGCUACAUUCACCCAAAACUUCCUGAAAAUAGACUUCAAACUCUUAUGAAGGCUCUACAGCCUACCAGCCAACACAAUGAAUCUGUUCAUCAGUUAUAUGAGUCUUUACAAGAAAAGAUUGGCAGUCAGCAAGAACCUCCCCUUCAUCUACCAGCCAAUUUGGAUAAUUUUGAUUCUCCGUUGAUGAAUGUACCCACUCCUGCUCCAUUAUGA